CUCUCUGUCUCAGUGUCUCUGCAGUGCAGCAGACUCUGCGAUCUGAUACCACCGGCAGCUCCCGGCACUCAUGUUCCUGGCCUUCUCCGGGUGGGGGUGGGGGACCGUCCCCUGCCUUGCCCAUGUUUGGCAAGCCCGACCCUCCCUGCCGCGCACCAGCAGGUUUGCAGGCUGACAGUUCUGUCUCCCCCUCCCCCCGCCACCCGAAAUCAUUUUCUCAAAGUCCGUCAAAUGAAGAGUCUCGGCUGUUUUUGCAAAGCGGGCCUGGCCUUUUCCGACUUAGGGAUAGCAAGGGGAUCCUUAUGCAGCACCACGUGAGAUGAACAAAACUCCACAGCCCUCAGGAGGAACCCCAUCAGCCCCACACCCCUCCCCUUCUCCUGGACUUCCACAGCAAUCAGCGUUUCCUCCUGGCCAGCCGGCACCUGUGGUUUUUAACCCAGCGCAAGCUACCCAAAUGAAUACGCCUUCCCAGCCUCGACAGUUUCCAGCAGGGCCUCGCGCUAUACAUCAGCAGCAUUUCUACCAGAGCAGGGCCCAGCCUCCGACCAGUGCUUCCCGAGUGCAGAGUAACACGUCGGCUCGGCCCGGCCCGCCCACUCAUGUCUAUCCAGCCGCUUCCCAGGUGAUGAUGAUCCCCUCACAGAUCUCCUACCCUGCUUCGCAAGGCGCCUACUACAUCCCCGGACAGGGCCGAUCUACGUACGUCGUUCCGACUCAACAGUACCCUGUUCAGCCGGGCGCCCCCAGUUAUUACCCUGGAGCCAGCCCCACGGAAUUUGGUACCUACGCCGGUGCGUAUUAUCCCGCCCAGGGUGUACAGCAGUUUCCUGCGGCUCAAGUCAUGUUGAACCAGCAGCCGCCAAUCCCACCAAAGCGAGAACGCAAGACGAUCCGGAUACGAGAUCCGAAUCAGGGUGGCAAGGAUAUCACAGAGGAAAUAAUGUCUGGCGCCAGAACUUCCUCCACCCCCACUCCUCCACAGGCCGGAAGCGGUCCAGAGCCCCAGGCCAAUGGAGAAACGCACGUAGCAGUUAUAGUCCGGCCAGACGAUCGUCCCAAGACUGGCCCGGUCAUAAGCAAACCCAUUUCCUCAGAGGCGAGUAAAUCGGCUUCCCCGUCUCCCCCGCCGCCCCUCAUCGCCGAGGCCGAGACGGCGCUUCCGGCUGCCGUGACGCUGGUGCACGCAGAGAUCCCGCAUACAGUGGACACUACAGAGGAGCCGCCGGAGGUCCCCGCAGAUAUCCUCGAGCCCGUCAGUGCCACCACUACAGUGCCAGGGGGCCCCGUGGUGCCCCCGGAGGUCCCUGGCUUUGACGCGGAGCCUCAGGAGGAACCAGCUGCUAGCCCUGUUCCCGAGCUUCCUCCCCAGAUAGCCCCGACAGAGAUGCCAAUGGACGACGAAGAAGAGGCCGUCUCGGCGGAGGUAGGGACUCCCCAACCGGAGGCUCCUCAGCCCGAAGAGGAGCCUCCUGUGACUCUGCCGGACGCUCCCCCGACGCCCCCGCCUUCCCUCGAGGAGGCCUCGGAGGGCCCCACGGAGGCGAACGGCGUGUCGGAAGAGGAGCCGCCAGAGCCCGUGGCCGAGCCCCACCUGUGCCAGCCGGAUCCCGCCACGGAGUCCCCCAUCGCUCAACCCGAGGAGCUGCAGAUGCCCAACGGGCUGGGGACCCCGGGGAAGCAGGAAGGCGAAGAGCCCAAGGAGGAGCAGCCGGAGACGGACGCCAGCCCCAUCUCCGAGCCGGAGGAGAUGAAAGAGGAGGAGGAGGAGCCGGUUGUGGCGGUGGUCCCGCAGGUCACGCCACCCCCCGAGGAGGAGGAGGAGGAGCCCGAGCCGGAGGAGGCAGAGUGCGAGGAGCCGGCCGAGACGCAAGAGGAGAGCGCCCAGCCGGCAGCCGCGCCCCCGGAGACCGCAGAGGCGACUGUGCAGGUAGCGGUGUCCGUGCAAAAGAAGAAGCGGAAGAUGAAGGACCUGAACAAGAAAGACAACCUGGGAGACCUGCUGGAUGCAUUCAAAGAGGCCGACGAAGGCAGCUCUGAGGCCGAGAACAACCCACCCCCCGCGCCAGCCCCGGAGCCCGAGGAGCCCGCCCCAGUCCGCUCCCAGGAGGAGGCAGAAGAGACGUGGGAAGAGAAGGAGGACAAGCUGGACCCCGAGAAGGUCAAGCAGGCAGAUCAGAAGUACCGCUACAAGGAAGAGCAAUGGAAGCCCCUGAAUCCAGAAGAGAAGAAGAGUUACGACCGGGAGUUCCUGCUGGGCUUCCAGUUCAUCUUUGCCAGCAUGCAGAAACCCGAGGGCUUGCCCCAUAUCAGCGACGUGGUGCUAGAGAAGGCAAACAAAAUGCCCCUGCGGCCCCUGGACACCGUGCGCCUCAGCAACAUGAACUGCGGGCCUGACUUCACGCCUUCCUUCGCCAAUCUGGGCCGGCCAGCCCCACCCAACCGUGGUCCGCCGCCGGGUCCAGGGCAACGCCGUUCCCAGCAAAACCUGCGCGUGAAGGAGCCGCGGAAGAUCAUCGCCACGUCCCUGAACGAAGAUGUCAAGCUGAACAAGGCCGAGAAGGCUUGGAAGCCCAGCAGCAAGAGGGCGACGGAGGCAGAGGACCCCGAAAAUAUCAAAACGCAGGAGCUGUUUCGCCGCGUGCGCAGCAUCCUGAACAAGCUGACGCCGCAGAUGUUCCAGCAGCUGAUGAAGCAGGUCACCGAGCUGUCCAUCGAUACGGAGGAGCGCCUCAAGGGCGUCAUCGACCUCAUCUUCGAGAAGGCCAUCUCUGAGCCAAACUUCUCCGUUGCCUAUGCCAACAUGUGCCGUUGCCUUAUGGGGCUGAAAGUCCCCACAACCGACAAACCGACCGUGAUGGUCAACUUCCGCAAGGUACUUCUGAACCGGUGCCAGAAAGAGUUUGAGAAGGACAAGGACGACGACGAGAUUUUCGAGAAGAAGCAGAAGGAGAUGGACGACACAGCUGGGCCAGAAGAGAGAGCUCGCCUGAAGGAGGAGCUGGACGACGCCCGGGACAAGGCCCGGCGGCGUUCUCUGGGCAACAUCAAGUUCAUCGGGGAGCUCUUCAAGCUGAAGAUGCUGACGGAGGCCAUCAUGCACGACUGCGUGGUGAAGCUGCUCAAGAACCACGACGAGGAGUCGCUCGAGUGCUUGUGCCGGCUCCUCACCACCAUUGGCAAGGACCUGGACUUCGAAAAGGCCAAGCCCCGAAUGGAUCAGUACUUCAACCAGAUGGAUAAGAUCAUCAAGGAGAAGAAGACGUCCUCGCGUAUCCGCUUCAUGCUGCAGGAUGUGAUCGACCUCAGACGGAAUAGCUGGGUGCCCAGAAGAGGAGACCAGGGCCCCAAGACCAUCGACCAGAUCCACAAGGAAGCUGAGAUGGAGGAACACCGGGAGCACAUCAAAGUGCAGCAGCUGAUGUCCAAGCAGGACAAGAGGCGGGGGCCGCCAGGCCCGUCCUCCGCAGGUGGGCGAGGGAGCCUCGUCUCGGACGACGGCUGGAACACCGUCCCCAUCAGCAAGGGGAACCGGCCGAUCGACACCACUCGGCUAUCCAAGAUCACAAAGCCCGGUUCCAUCGACUCCAACAACCAGCUCUUUGCGCCCGGCGGGCGGCUGAGCUGGGGGAAAGGCAGCAGCGGCGGAUCGGGCGCCAAGCCUGCCGAACCAACCUCCGAUUCCAACCGACCCGCCACAAGUACCUUGAAUCGCUUCUCCGCCUUACAGCAGCCGGCUCCUCCAGAGAGCCAAGACAUUCGGCGGGUGGUGCAAAGAAGCAGCACCAGCCGCGACCGUUCCGAGAAGGGCGGCGACCGAGGGGACCGCUUGGAACGUGAGCGGCCGGAGAGAGGCGAGCGCCUGGAGCGGUCGGAGAGGCCCGACCGGUCGGACCGGAACCGGGCCCCCGUCACCAAGCGCAGCUUCAGCAAGGAGAUGGACGACAGGAGUCGGGAGCGAGAGCGUGAGCGGCAAGGGGUCCUCGAGAGCAUCCGGAAGGUGUCCAGCAUGACGGAGGAGCGGGACCGGAGCCGGGAGCCCGCAAAACGAGAACCGGUGGCUCCAGAGGUGCCCGCCAAGCCUGCUUUGUCUGAGGAAGAGCUGGAGAAGAAGGCCAAGGCCAUCAUUGAGGAAUACCUCCACAUCAACGACAUGAAGGAGGCCCUCCAGUGCGUGCAGGAGCUGGGCUGCCCCUCCCAGCUGUACAUCUUCGUGCGGAACGGCAUCGAGUCGACGCUGGAGCGGAGCACCAUCGCCCGCGAGCACAUGGGGCUGCUGCUGUACCAGAUGGUGAAGGGGGGCUCCCUCUCCAAGGAGCAAUACUACAAAGGGCUGCUUGAGAUCCUGGAAAUCGGGGAGGACAUGGAGAUCGACAUUCCGCACAUAUGGCUGUACUUGGCGGAAAUCAUCACCCCCAUCCUGAGGGAAGGGGGCAUCCCCAUGGAGGAGCUUUUCAGGGAGACCGCCAAGCCCUUGGUGCCGAUUGGCAAGGCCACUACUCUGUUGCUGGAGAUCUUGGGCCUCCUCUGCAAAGGGAUGAGCCACAAGAAGGCCGGAACACUGUGGAGAGAAGGGGGUCUCAGCUGGAAGGAAUUCCUGCCCGAAGACGAGGAUGUCAAUAAGUUCAUCACCGAGCAGAAAGUGGAGUACACGAUGGGCGAUAGCUCAGACGCGCCCAGCCGCAAGGAGCUGACUUCCGAAGAGCUGUGCAAGCAGCUAGACAAGCUAUUGAAAGAGAACGCGAAUUACCAAAGAAUAUACGACUGGAUUGAGGCAAACUUGAGUGAACAGCAGGUCUCAUCCAACAUGUUUGUCAGGGCCCUGAUGACGUCGGUGUGCCAUUCAGCUGUUGUCUUCGAAAAUCCGUACCGGAUGGACAGCGCGGUGAUCAAAAGCCGAGCCAAGCUGCUGCAGAAAUACGUGAGCGACGAGCACAAAGAGCUGCAGGCCCUCUACGCCUUGCAGGCCCUCGUGGUGAAGCUGGACCAGCCAGCAAAUCUGCUCCGCAUGUUCUUCGACACCUUGUACGACGAGGACGUGAUUAAAGAGGAAGCCUUCUACAAGUGGGAGUCGAGCAAGGACCCGGCCGAGCAGCAAGGGAAGGGGGUCGCGUUGAAAUCGGUCACCGCUUUCUACACUUGGCUGCGGGAAGCCGAGGACGAAUCCGACAACAACAACUGAGCGCCGACACCGGUGGGGGGCGGCGGCGGCCCAGCU